UGUAAUUUGAGGAUUUGGCCCAUCCUUCUCGGGCUUCCCGUUAUUUCCUGUCACGGUCAGAACCAACUCUGCAGACAGAUGAAGAUGUUUGCCUUUUCUCUCCUUUGCGCUUUACAAGUUCUCUCUCACUCGGCUUCAGCACAGCAUGAGACAAACAACAUGGUGGUUGCUACAGGUUCCUCCAUUCUAUUUCCUGGAACGGAUAAAGGAUUCAGUAAUGUCCAGUGGGAAUUCUCAAAGCCCCUCAAGGUUCUUCCCAUUUUAGAUUACAGUGAAGGACAUCGACACAUAUAUGAUCAGUAUCUGAAUAGAGUUGAACUGAACGAAACAGAUGGGUCAUUAUUACUAAAAGAUGUCCGCGAGUGGGAUACUGGUAAAUACAGAAUGACUGUGGACUUAGACCCAUCUCGGACCAGAGUGAACACUCUGACAGCGUAUGAUCCUCUGUCUCAGCCCACCGUCUUCUGUAAUGGCAGCUUGGAGAAGCCCCCACUUAUGUUGGUCUGUGCAGUGGAGAGAGGGAGAGCCUACACUGUUCACUGGAGCAGAGGAGAGUUCAUGCUCCCACACAACGAGCGUUAUCGGCUAUCAGAAGACAACAGAACCUUAAUCAUUCAGAGCGUUCAGGAAUCAGAUUCUGGCAAUUAUACCUGCACUGUUGAAAACCCCGUCAGUCAAAGCAAGAAUACCUGCUGGUUGUUCUUCGAGAGUCAGCAAUCCAGAACUCGAUUUGGGUUAAUUCUGGCUGGUAUUCUGUGUUUGACAGUAGUUGUGCUGAUCACUGUUCUUGUGCGAUUACAGAAGUUUCUUGAGAAGUGAACCAUCACUACUGGGUGCGCUGAGAAAGCUGAAAUACGAUUCUCUUCAGCGUAAGAGGAACAGAAGAAUCCGCGCCUUUUACAGCAGAGAAUGCAGAGGUUUCUUACAACUUUGUUUUAGACUUGCCUGAGGAGCUCGUGAUAUUACAUCAAUCAUUCUAAAGUUUCCACAAUGGAACUAUAUCUCAAUGCAGUCAACAUGUUGUACAGCUUCAGUGCAAAGAGAGAAAUAAUGUUGGGGUUUCAUUUGCUGGUUAUUUCAUUCAAGUUUGUUGGGGAUAAUCUGCUAUCGGGGUACCUACAUUGGGGCUAGGGAGGGGAGCACCAUUAUUAAAGCAGACACUAUCAGAUACCAGCUAAAACACAGCCAUGUAAAGUAAACCCAGCCACUGCAGGACUGUCUGCCUGGGGCCACAUUCCUGGGGGAUUAGAACAUGUCCGUCAGUUUCAGAUCAUCCUGUUACACUCUCAUUGUUAAUAAAGGAAACCGGUAACUAUCGGAUAGUGUAAAUCGCACCGAUACUACACUUGAUUGAUAAAGUACUUGCUAAUGCCUCCGCUGACGUCAAACUCAUUCGGGUCCUGUGUUAAAUGAUAAUACCUGUAUAUUCAGCUAUGGAGAACUAUUGUGAGCGCCCAGACAGCCAGACUCAUGGCAAUGAGGAAACCCUUCCAAACAAUAAACUUUUAAUUUACAAGAUCGGAAACUGCUGAACCCAGGAUGUCUGCCCAUUGUUCAGCGCAGCAGGAGCUGGACAGGUAUCUCGGGGCAGCCAAUAGAGACACUAAUCCCUUCACAGACAGGUGAACCAACCAAUGAGAGAACCGAACGAGGGAAAACUGACCGGGAACUUGAGGAAGCGCGAAGUAUAACUGCACCAGAUCCGAAGGGAAAGACAGAACGCCUUCUCCAAUGAAUUUGCAUGCUUUUGAAUUUGUUGUAUAGUUUGCCAGUCUUGAUUCUGUAAUAAACGGUGUUUUUGCUCCAAA